AACCGCAGGUGCGAAAACCCUUUGGCCCUCCGGAAGUGAGGGCUGACGGAGCCAUGCCGCGGUGGCAGCGGAGUGAGCGCGCAGAGCCCAGCCAAGCGCCGCAGAGCGACGACGAUGGCUUCUGGGACGAGCUGCCCCCGCAAUCUGCGCCCAAACCGGCGCCCGCAAAACCCGCGCCCGCGGAGCCCUGGCUCGAGCGGCGGAGGGCUCCUCCCAAGCCCCAAGCAGUGACGCUGGACGGAUUCUUCGAGCCUGCGCUGGUGGUGGCUCCAGCGAAGCCUCGCGAGAUACCGCCCGAGCCCUCCGGCUACAAGCUGAGCCAAUCAGACCUGGAGCAGUGGGAUGCGGAGCACCGACAGCAGCGAGACUCCCGCACGCGCGCCGCAGAAGCUGACGCUGAAGCCGGCCAGCUGGAUCCAGGUGCGGAGAGGGAGCGCGACCUCCUGGAAGCAAUCUACGGGGAGGAGUUCGAAGUGCUCGCGCCCAACGAGUGGAGGGUGGACAUCCCUGGCGCAGACGGCGCGGCGCUGCGCCUGCUGCUGCCGGCGGGCUAUCCCCGGACAGAGCCUCCAGUGCCCAUCUUUGACUUUGAAGGAGCCGGGCAUCUGAAGCAGAUCGCAGCGGACACCAUCCAGGAGCUACUGGAGCAAUGGGAACCUCAAGAAGACGAGGGCUGCAUCUACCAGUGGGUGGAUCGGCUCCGGGAGGUUCUGGAGCCCACGGCCGCAGCGGAGAAGCUCCAGCAGAACCAGCGCGACGCAGCCUUCGCGGAGGCCUUGGCUGUAGAGGACGCCAUGGAGGCGCCAUCGGUAGAGAAGGGCUUCACCUUCCUGCCGGCCAAUCCACAGUAUGGGCAGAGGCGUCGGACCUUCGAUGCCUCCAGCUUCGACGCUCAGAACGCCGUGGAGAUCCUGCGGGGCGAGCCCUUCACGGACCGGAAGUCCACGUUCCAGGCCUUCGCAGCCAAGGUGUCCAACCAGGGCCAGGUGAAUUGGGCCUUACGGACGCUGCUCGAAGAUCGCAAGAUCGCUGUGGCCACCCACAACAUGUUCGCCUACAGGUUUAAAGACGAGCGAGGGGUGCAGGUCGCAGACAACGAGGACGAUGGCGAGGACGGCGCAGGCUCCAAGCUGGCGGAGCUGCUGAGCCUCGCCAGCUGCGAGGACGUCUUCGUUAUGGUGAGCCGCUGGUAUGGCGGCAUCCAGCUCGGCUCAGAUCGCUUCAAGCACAUUUCUCGCGCUGCCUCGGUGCUUCUAGACACCGCUGGCUGGAGUGGCCGCAGCCGUGCGGCGCCCAAGAAGAAGAAAUGAGCCCAGCGGCCAGCGGCGCGG